GGCGGUACGCGACGCGUUAUGAAUGCUAUAAAUACAGUAAAUUUCACCUCACCAUAACAAAACACUUCCUCUUGGAAUUGAUUUGGAUAUUAAACAAGAACUACUAAACAAUGUCUGGUCGCGGUAAAGGAGGAAAAGGAUUAGGAAAGGGCGGUGCUAAGCGCCAUCGCAAGAUUCUGCGUGAUAACAUUCAAGGUAUCACCAAGCCUGCCAUCCGUCGUCUCGCCCGUCGUGGUGGUGUCAAGCGUAUUUCUGCUUUGGUCUAUGAAGAAACGCGUGCCGUCUUGAAGCUGUUCUUGGAAAGCGUCAUUCGUGAUGCCGUCACCUAUACCGAACACGCUAAGCGUAAGACUGUCACUUCCUUGGACGUUGUCUACUCUUUGAAGCGCCAAGGCCGUACCAUUUACGGUUUCGGUGGCUAAACAAUGUGUGCUAUGGCCUUUUUCUUUACAUAUAGGACUUUUGGCAAUUUGGAAGCCUAUGUUUCGUCUGUUUUCAAAUAAGUUAUAGAUGGUUGCAGCCACAUGAAAGUGAUGCGUAUGCGGUGCGCUGCUAAAAUUGGGCAGACUGUAUGUGCGAGACAUGCAUCAAUGCGGAAUUACUCUUCCUGACAACAAUCUUAAAGAUGCUGAGCAUCUAGCUUAUGUCAGUUGGCUCCGGUAGCACUGAUUCGAAAGUUGUUUAUUUUACAUAUUUAAUGAUAUUAUGGAUUAUGAUUCUAUUCAAUGUGCAACGUAUAUAUUAA